AUGAAGUCGCUCGCCACGCUCUACGCCCUCGUGGCGCUCCUGCUCGCCGUCGCCUCUCAGUCGGCCUGGGCGCAGCAGAAAAAGAUCCAGCAGCGUGAGAUGGACUCCGAGGCCAUUGUGCCCCUCCGCACCCACACCGUCUACGCCCCCUACGUCGACAGCAACCUGCAGAACAAGUUCUGGGACUUUGGCGGCGACACCAUCAUCGACACGACCAAGUCGAUCCGCCUCACCCAGGACCGCCCGCACGAGAUGGGCUGGUUCUGGUCGCGCCUCCCCAUCACCGCGGAGAGCAUGGAGAUCAUCGUCGAGCUCAACGUCGACGGCCACUCCAACAACCUCGCCGGCGACGGCAUGGCCAUGUGGCUCACCCAGGAGCGCGCCAAGCCCGGCCCCGUCUUUGGCAGCAUGAACUACUUUACCGGCCUCGGCAUCUUCUUCGACACCUACCCAAACGCCCGCCACCCCUACCACUUCCCGCGCAUCUCGGUCAUGAACGGAAACGGCGUCGAGGCCUACGAAAACGCCCGCGACGGCGCACGCCAGGAGGUGGCCGGCUGCUCAAUCGACUUCCGCCGCACCAAAGUGGCCACGCGCGCCAAGUUCACCCACAUCAAAAACGUCUAUACCUCGCUCGAGAUCCAGCACGACGAGUGGGAUCACUGGGACAUGUGCUUCAAGGUCGACAACAUCACGCUGCCCCUCAACCCGUACCUCGGCUUCACGGCCCUCACGGGCGACGUCAGCGACGCCCACGAGAUUGGCUCGAUCCAGACGUCCAACAUCAUGUUUAAGCCCAAGAACGCAGAGGAGCUCGCCGCCUUCAAGGCAAAGCACUUUUUCACCCCGGACCCCUCGGCGGCCGGCGGUGCAGGGUCCGGCUUCAGCAUCGGCGGCUUCUUUGCGGGCCUCUUUGGCUUCGCCUUCACCCUGGUCAAGUGGGGCCUCGUCCUCGCCGUCAUCGCCGCCCUCGUCCUCGUGGGCCUCAAGUACCAGAAGCGGCAAAACGCGAAACGGUUCUAG